GCCAAUCCAAUUAACGAGCCGAGCCCGUUAAUCCAAUUAACGAACCGAGCCCGAGCCGAGCUCGAGCUCGAGCCAGUGCUAAAUUUUAUCGAGCCGAGCCGAGCCGAGCUUGGAGAAGCUCGGUUCGGCUCGACUCGUUUGCAACCCUACCUAGAGCGAAUUGACUGCGGCUCGUGCCCAAUUCGCCCAUCGGUCUCGGCUUUAUAAGCCCCAAGUUUCACGACCUCUCUUCUCCCGCGACCGUACUCUCUUUUUCCCUCUUCAACCAUAACAUCCUAUCUCUAAAUUGGCACAAUCUCUCUCUCUCCUCCAAAUCUAGGGUUUUUCGCCCCCUAAACUCUACCCCAAUUUUCGUACUCUAUUUCUAUCUGCUCCGUAGCACCGAAACAGGCAAUUCGCGACUUCCGUCUGAUUGAAGCAGUCGAUUUCUAUCUGCUUCUAUAGCUGGCGGAUUUUUAUUGCGGCGAUAUGGAAGCAGUCAACGGCGGGACCACCGCGGCGAACGGCGGGGCUGCUAUGCAUCCUCAAAAUCCGAUGCCGAUUUCUAGCGCGAAUGCGCCGCCGCCGUUCCUCGUGAAGACGUAUGACAUGGUCGACGAUCCGUCCACUGAUAAAACCGUGUCCUGGAGUCGUACCAACGAUAGCUUCGUCAUUUGGGAUCCGUGUCGGUUCACUUGGGACUUGUUGCCGAAGUACUUCAAUCACAGCAACUUCUCCAGAUUCGUUGGGCAAUUGAACACUUGCGGUUUCAGGAAGGUUGAUCCAGACCGCUGGGAAUUUGCAAAUGGUGGAUUUCUCAGAGGACAAAAACACCUCCUCAUAAGUAUUAAUUGCCAGGAACCUUCCCAUGGACAUACUAACCAACAGCAGCAGCAACCACAUGGACAGAGUUCAUCUGUUGGGGCUUGUGUCGAAGUUGGAAAAUUUGGGCUCGAGGAAGAGGUUGAGAGGUUAAAUAGGGAUAAGAACGUGCUUAUGCAGGAGCUUGUGAGGCUGAGGCAGCAGCAACAGACCACUGAUCACCAGUUGCCAGCGAUGGUGCAGCGGCUUCAGGGGAUGGAGCAGCGGCAACAACAGAUGAUGUCCUUCCUGGCAAAGGCUAUGCAAAGUCCAGGCUUUCUUGCGCAGUUUGUGCAGCUGCAGAAUGACAGUAGCGGGUUAAUAACUGAAGGAAGCAAAAAACGGAGGCUUAAGCAGGAUGGUAUUUUAGAUAAUCCUUCUGUCAGCCCUGCUGAUGAACAGAUUGUAAAGUGUCAGCCUAUGAUGAAUGAAGCAGGCAAAGCAAUGCUCAGACAAAUCAUUAAACUGGGUGAUUCGACUCACCUUGAAAAUUUCAGCAACAAUUCUGAUGCUUUAUUGAUUAGUGAUGUUUCAUCACCCAGCACACUAGACCAUGGGAAUAGUUCAACUUGUACUUCUGGAGUGACUCUUCAGGAGGUCCCGCCAUCUUCUGGGCAGUCUUUUAUGCUGGCAACUUCUGGUUUUCCUGGCCAAAGGCCAUCGGCUGCCAUAUCUGAGAUUCUGUCCUCCCCUCUUGGAGCCAACUCUGACAUGUUUACAGCUACUCCCCUUUCAACUUUGAGCCCACUGGGUGAAGCACAAGAGAUGCCCCCUGUCAGUCUCCCACAGACAGAUUUAGUUAUACUGGAGCUCUCUUCAUUACAACAAAUGGUGCCAGAAGGCAACAUUGUCACGAGUGGAGAAAGUUUCAUAGGGCCUGAGACAGGGAGUGGUGUAUUUAUAAAUUCAAACUCUUUGGGCAAUAAUGGGGAAAUGCCCUUGGAAAUUGACAAUUUCUCCAUAGAUCUUGAAUUUGAAUGGGACAAUUCCUUGCUCGAAGAUGAUGCACAAAAACUUCCUGGCAUUGGCUAUCCCUGUUGGGAACAGAUUCUUGCUUUGAGCCCACAAUCUCUGGAGACUGAAGCCCACAAUCUCUGGAGCCCACAGUCUCUGGACUCAGCUUCAUUGGAACCUCCUACCAACAGUAGUGAAGGAAAGCCACUGGAAAAUGGAUGGAACAAAACUCAACAUAUGGAACAGCUUACAGAACAGAUGGGGCUUCUUACUUCAGAUGCCAAAAAGGUUUGACCUUACAUGGAACAGGCAGAGCUUCUUACUUUCGAUGUUAAAAAGGUUGAUCUUGUCAUGCCAGUUCUUACUUCAUAUGCCGAAAAAGUUUGACCUUGUCACACCAAAUGUACAUUUGUGUCUUGCAUCACCCAAGGUAAAUCUCAGAAUACCCAUAAUUAUCUGUUCUGAUAUCGUGAUCCUCUUUAUCUUGCAAUGGGAAAAAGCAGCUACAUGAUCCCUCUUGUAUCCUCUUUAUUUGCAUUUGGAAUGGUCCCUUGCCGGACUAUUUGCUAAAGGUUCUAAUAAUCAAAUCCCGUGGUGAGGGUUUAUUUUGUUCUCAGAGGGACUCAGAACGCGGCUUUAUGAUAUUCUCAUGUAAGGCCAUAUAUGGUGUAUACCAAUUCUUUUACCCUUGGAAUUGUCGUCUGUAAAUUUUGUUUUCUCAAUCAACGGCAUUGAAUUUAGAAGACAGAGCCUUGGUAGUAUGCCAAUGAUUUCACCUUUGUGACUAAAAAGUGUAAAGCAUGGUUUAAGUUUGUGCAAAAAUGAUUUUCUGUCGCCCUCAUAUACCAAUAUUAUCUGAGCUUUUGGGAUGCGAAUCUGAUUGAGAAGAAUGGUGAAUCAUUCUAUUGGGCAACAUUACUUCUAACG